AUGUCCCUUCAGUUUCUGGCAGCUGUCGCGGUGUUCUCCGCCCUCAUUACAUCCGUGGCCGCUGCACCCCUGCUGGAACCGCGACAGGGGGGCGUCACUGUCCUACAGAGCCACGAAAUAUCGAAGUUCAAGACGUACACGCAUUUCGCCUCGGCCGCGUACUGUCAGCCUUCAACAACGCUGACAUGGACGUGCGGAACCAACUGCGAAGGCAACCCGGGGUUCACCCCAGUCGCUAAUGGUGGCGACGGGGAGAUGAUCCAAUUCUGGUUUGUGGGAUACGAUAGCCUCCUUGAGUCUGUCAUCGUCGCACAUCAAGGGACGGAUACUUCGAAGCUGACAUCUAUCCUAGUCAGUGCAGACAUAGGCUUGGACGGACUCGACCCGAAGCUGUUUCCCGGACUCAGCGAUGAUAUUCAGGUGCACAGUGGUUUUGCAGAUGCUCAUGCAAGGGCAGCGCCAGCUAUUCUAGCAGCCGUGGAGAAAACCAUGCAGGAGUUCUCCUCGAACCGAGUGACUUUGGUCGGCCACUCACUGGGCGGCGCUCUAGCCCUACUGGAUGCCGUCUACUUGCCAUUGCAUCUUCCCUUGGACACGCGGUUUAAGACGGUGACGUACGGGAUGCCUCGGGUGGGUAAUCGGGCCUUUGCCGACUAUGUGGACAAGAAUGUUUCUUCUUUGACGCGUAUCAACUACAAGAAAGACAUAGUGACCAUCUUGCCAGGUCGGUUCUUGGGCUUCCGACACACUAGCGGCGAGGUGCACGUCAGGAACUCAGACUCAGCAUGGGUUUCCUGUCCAGGCCAAGACAGCACAGCAGCUGGUUGUACCAUUGACGAAGUCCCUAAUAUCUUCAGCAGUAAUUCCGGUGAUCACUUCGGGCCAUUUGAUGGUGUCAUGCUGCGGUGUUAG